AUGAGAGGUAGCGGAAAAGAAUGCUUGGUAGGAAAUGAAGUUUUAAUUAGGGAUGGCAACUCCAAACGCUCUGCCAACAACAGUUUAUCGAUUGUGCCACCAGAUGGCGGAUAUGGGUGGAUAAUUGUACUUGCCUCGUUUUUCGCCAAUGUUAUCGUGGAUGGGAUUAUUUAUUCGAUCGGUGAAACACUUGUUGGAAUUUGGGAGCAGGACUUCAGAACGACGGCUACGCAGGCUUCCAUUGUUCAGUCAUUACUUGCGGGGUUUUACUUACUUGCAGGUCCUUUAGCAAGCGGUCUUGCAAAUUCAUUCGGAUGUCGUUUGGUUGUCAUCGCUGGUUCUAUGACGACAUUUAUUGGUUUCAUUUUAUCUUCUAUCGUACCAUCACUUCCAUUGCUUUACAUCACGUUCGGUAUUAUUGGCGGAAUUGGCUUUGGACUUGUUUAUUUGCCAUCAAUAUUAAUUGUGAAUCAGUAUUUUGAAAAACGAAGAGCCUUUGCUAUGGGAGUAGCUGUAUGCGGUUCGGGCAUUGGUACUAUCAUAUUUUCACAGUUAUUUCCAUUUUUGCUGAAAGUUUGUGGAAAUAACUGGAGGCGUUUUCUUGUUUAUACAGCAUUUAUCACACUUUUAUCCGUCUUAUGUGGUUUGUGUUAUCGAAAAAUAUCUUUAAUAAAGUCAGAAGAUAAUAAGGAUAAAAGAAUGAAAUCUGAUUCUGACUUAUCCUGUGAACGGAACGACAGCUUGUCCUCUGAACUGGCCAUCAGCUCUUCAGUAUUAAUGAAUAAUAGUUCACGAGGGAAAAUGUCUCGAGAAACAGAAGUGGCGGGCAAUUUGAUAAUGACUUCAAUAACGACAAUGCAAGAAAUAUCACGAAAAGCUAAAAGACAAUUUCCCUUGAUUACAGUUUUACGAUCAAUGAUUGAUACAAGCUUACUCUCAGAUCCAAGCUUUAUAUUGAUUGCAGUUACCGCCUUUCUGACACUUUUUUGUCUCUUUGUCCCAUUCAUUUUCCUUGGCAAACAGGCAAUUACAAUUGGUGCAACUGCAAGCCAACAAUCAUAUUUAUUAUCGGUCAUAGGGUUUGUGAAUAUUUUUGGACGAGUAUUAUGUGGGCUGAUAUCAGAUUUACCAAAAGUAGAUCCGUUAUUUAUUCAUAAUUCGGGCUUAAUCAUUGGUGGUAUAGCAACUUGCAUUGUACCAUUACUAACACAGUAUUGGAUGUUUGUUGUAUACACAAUACCGUUUGCAUGGAGUGUUGCAUGUUUUUCAUCACUUCGUUCCAUUAUUUGUAUUGAAUUACUCGGUUUGGAAAAGCUUUCUAAUGCCUUUGGGAUGAUGAUGCUCUUUAUGGGCAUUGCUGCUUUAAUUGGUCCGCCGCUUGCUGCGCUGUUUAAAGAUCUGAGUGGGAAUUUCGAUUUGUCAUUUUAUGUGAUGGGUGCAUUACUAACAUUGAGCGGGGUUCUAUGCAUACCACUUCGAAUAGUCAAGUCACGAGUAGCGAAUCAGAGAUUGCCAAAAAAUACCAGGCAAUCGGAUUUAUCAUCGAUGCAAGCAACGGAACGAUUUUGA